AUGGCGUCAACAGUCGAUAACAGAAUCCCCGUUUGGUUGGAUUGCGAUCCGGGUCACGAUGACACCUUCGCCAUCCUCCUAGCCGCCUACCACCCAGCCAUUCGCAUCUUGGGUAUCUCUACAGUCUUUGGCAAUGCGUCUUUGGAAAAAACAACCCGCAACGCCUGCUCCAUCCUAACCUCCAUCUCCCGCUCCCACUCCAUCCCCAUCUACAUCGGCGCCUCGCACGCCCUCCAGCGACCCACCAUGCACGCGCCCACCGACAUCCACGGCGAAUCCGGCCUAGACGGCACCGACCUUCUCCCCACGCCUCUCGUCGGCCCCAACACCACCAUCGACGCCGUAACCGCCAUGUCCACGGCCCUGCGCUCCUGCGCUCCCGGAACCGCCUGGGUAGUAGCCACCGGCUCCUUCACCAACGCCGCCGACCUAUUCAUCAAGCACCCAGAUCUAGUCAGCCACAUCAAGGGCCUGUCGCUCAUGGGCGGCGCCUUCGGCAGCGGCUUUACUCCUGCGAUCCUAGGCACCGUCGACGGCGUGCCCCGCGUCGGCAACUGGACGCAGUUCGCCGAGUUCAACGUUCUCGCCGACCCCGAAGCCGCGCACACGAUCUUUUCCAACCCAGAGCUGGCGGGCAAGACGACGCUGAUCCCGCUCGACCUCACACACAUGGUCUUGACCACCGAGCAAGUCCGCGACCUGAUCCUGUACGGACCCGAGGGUAAACUGGCACAUCCCGAGCUCCCGCAAGAUGGAAGCAAGGGCAAGACCACGCUGCGCACCAUGUUAGUGGAGCUGCUCAUGUUCUUCGCCAAGACGUACGCGGACAUGUUUGGCAUCACCGAGGGCCCGCCGCUGCAUGAUCCGCUGGCGGUGGCGGCUGUGUUGACUGGACUGGUCGGCACGCCGCUGGAGCAGUACCAGAUCCCGUUUUGGGACUUCACGCCUGGCAGCGUGGAGAAGCACAGGGAGAGGUUCGAGGUUAUGGUGGUUACCGAGGGAAGUUAUGAGGAUGCGAGGACGGGCGGGGCCAAGACGGGUAUGACGGUUGCGAAGCUCUUGCCUGAGGGUCAGGAGGGCGUUAGGAUACCGAGGGGGUUGGAUAUCCCGUUGUUUUGGAAGGUGUUGGAGGAGUGUAUCAGUAAGGCGGAUGAGGCGAAUGCUAGGGGAGAGGAUGUUGCGCCUGCUAACUGA